AUAAAUCGAAUAAUCAUGCAGCGCUACGACGCGGCGUCGGGCAUGCGCAUGCGAGUGGCUUGCCGAGUGGUGACGAAUGAAGCGUCGGUGGCUCGGUGCGACGUACGGCGGCGAAGAGGCGAGGUGACGAAGGUGCGGCGAGGCGAGGCGAGAACAGCCGAAAUGGAGGAGAACCAAACAUCGGAAAGUGUCGCCGUGCUACCGGACAUGUCCGAACCGUUGACGAGCGAGACCGAGGAGGCGGCCACGCUGACGAGCGAACACGAGGCGCAUCCCGUGGCGGUUACAGCGAGCGUCACUGCGGUACCGGGUGUAUCAGGUGUGCCUGGAGUCGGUGUGCCGGUUUCUCUACCUGUUGGCGUAGCGAACAUCAUCGGCGUAGCGAACACCAAUGGCACGACCUUCAACGUCAUCACCUCGGAUCAGCUGCAGCAGCUGUCGGGGUCGGGGCAGUUCAAACAGAUGCUAUGCGUCGACAAUGGAUUCAUUUGUGAACCGCGUCACGAAAAAGAAGAUCCUCUGCGUUGGAAUGGUGAGCUGAAGACAACCCACAUAGUAAUACAGAAUAGUGCAGAUGAAGCGGAACCAGAGCACAUACACGUGUCCACACCUACCUCUCAGCCAAUAUACAGUUGGUCUGAGUCAGCAAAUUUAGCAGUUCUGCCGGUCAGAUGUAAGAAUACGAAUGCGGAAUUGCAUAAGAGCAGAUUUGGAUCAGGUGGCAGGGGACGAUGUAUCAAACUUGGGUCAGAUUGGUACACGCCCAGCGAAUUUGAGGCCCUUUGCGGACGGGCGUCUAGCAAAGACUGGAAACGGAGUAUUCGAUUCGGCGGGAGAAGUCUGCAAACCCUCAUCGACGAACAGAUCUUAAAGCCUCAUGCCACAUCCUGCACGUGUGCGGCGUGUUGCGAUGAUGAUAGCGCAACGGGACCUGUACGACUGUUCACCCCGUACAAGCGUCGAAGAAGAACCAGGGAUCCAUCUGAGGGAGAACCUGCCACGCGCAAACACAAACUCGAGAAUUCACGCGACGGCAGUAACAAUGAAGAGAGCGGCGACGAGAUUGUCGUGCCGGACAAGGAAGUCUGGCCGCAGUUUGUCUCCACAGAUGGACUGGUCGUGCAUCAACCCCAGGAACAGGACACGGUCGUGCAGAACGUGCAUCAAACGGAGAAUGGCCAAGGCGACGAUAUCUUCAAAAAAUUGGAAGAUAUGUCGAGCAAAAUGAUAAAGCUUGCUUACGAAUUUAAACGUACUUUAGAAGAGACGAAGGAGUUGAGCAGGCAGCAAAGACGAGAGCAGGCGUUAGUCGCGCAGCUCGGAGGACGAGGGGACGUUAUUGAAACUGUUGGAUUACAACCGACAUCUGAUACACAUAAUAAAAAGUGUGCCAAUUGCAAUCGGGAAGCAUUCGCGGAAUGCUCUUUAUGCAGACGCACACCCUACUGUUCCACAUUUUGUCAACGCAAGGAUUGGGGUAGCCACCAGAUGGAAUGUGUGAGGGGUGCGGCUGAGACCGUGAUGCUUAUAGUAGAGAGUAGCAACGGGGACACGAGCGCCCUCCCAACGACUACAACGGACCAAUAGCUAGUGUUUCUCACGCCGAUUCAGCAAAAGCAUACAGAAAAUGAAGAAUCUGACGUGGAAGUAUCAAAAUUCAAGAAAGAGACGAAGACUUGAAGCGAAGUUACACAAGAAUUAAAAUAAUGUAUAUAAAUGUGUGUGCGUGUGUGUGGUAGAAAAAUAUUUUGUACGUGUGUGUGUAUAUAUAUAUACACACACAUGUUACAAAUAGCGUUUUUGAAUGAAUGGAUUUUGAUCGACUCAAGGAACUUGAAUUCAUAAUAAAAUAAGGAUUAAUUGAUCCGCGAUUAAUUAAAAUUUAUUUAUUCGAAAACGCUAAUAUACAAAGCGCAUCAAAUACAAAUAUCUCGUGAUACCAGCUAACAUUAGAUUGCUGUCAAAAACAGAUGUUACGGGAGACAUAGAAUAGUUUAUAUGUAUAUAGGCUUCAAGCAAAGAACAUGAGUUGAUGCAAAUCUCUACAAUUUUUAUAGUUCAAUCUAUCUUUAAAAUCGUAUUUAGUAUUAAUUAUAUAGAAUACAAGAUCAAGCUAUGGAAACCGGUGUAGAAGUCGAUUUGUGUCAACCUGUACUCUUUACUGAAAAGCAAUUAGCAUUAGAUUACAUUGAGUUCUCGUGAGUUUUACCGCAAGAUUUAUCAAUUUAACAUAUAUACAAACUAUGUAUGUAUGUUGAAUUGAUAUCUUGCAACUUGUAAAACUCACGAGGCUCAAUAUUCUUUGAAAAAAA